UCAGUAGAUCAGCGAGCAGAGCACUGCUCACUUUUGAACAGGCCCGCUCCACAGCCAUAUGGAUUAGCUGACAGGUUGGCAGGCAUUGGAUUGGAUCAUCUGACCGAACCGAAGCAAUCGAAGAACAACUGGGAAAAGAUUGGAGUUUGGUUGAAAUCGAGAGAGCUCGUGCUUCGUCUGUCAAUUUUUAUCGUGACAUUUGAGAAAUGAUUAUGAUUUUUUCAAAUAUUUCGUGACAUUAAUGACGGAAUUCUACGUCCCCUGCAAAUUUAAUUUCUGUUUUUCUAACCGGUUCAAAUAAUUUUUACGAUAAUGCCGUCCAAUGGAGGAUUUGUGUUUUUGGUAUCGCCAGUGCUAAUGUUUAUAUUUUCUAGAGUGUCUGCCGAAAAAGAGCCCGAAUACCACGAUAAAUUUGCAAAUGUAGAAGCAAUGGAAUCCACCACAUCUUUUGUUCACACAAGCGGUGUGACUCCUGUGGUGGAUCCAUUGCAACAGUUCUUGCAUGGCUUCAUAGCUUCGCUGUCGGUUAUCAUAGUGUCGGAGAUCGGCGACAAAACGUUCUUCAUAGCCGCCAUUAUGGCAAUGAAGCACUCGCGUCUCACCGUCUUUGCCGGCGCUAUUUCCGCGCUCGCCUUCAUGACCGUGCUCAGUGUGGUAUUCGGCUAUGCGGCGACCAUAAUUCCGCGCGCCUACACGUUUUACGUGUCAACGGCUCUCUUUGCUUUAUUCGGUCUAAAAAUGCUCCGCGAGGGUUAUUAUAUGUCCCCCAACGAAGGGCAGGAGGAAUUCGAGGAGGUACAGUCUGAUCUGAGAAAGAGAGAGGAUGAGUCUAACGACCCCUCCUCUUCCUCAGACUCAAAAAAGACAAAACGUGUAUCGACUCUGCGUGCACAGGUGGACGACUCAAAGCCGGUGGUUGUUACUGGCUUGCCAGUUGUUGCCACGCUGCCAGUCACCAUUGUGCCAGUUGACUUGAACGAGAAGACAGUCAAGGAGAAGGAGCUGGUCAUCACUAACUUGACAGCGGCGCCCCAAGUCUCCGUUGAAAAGUUGAAGUUGGAACGCGAGUCGCUGACAGUGGACGUGGAGACAGCGGGGGGUCGACGCAACAAGGGUGCGCACCAGGGCAACGUUUUUAAGGCGGUGUCGCGCAUCUUCAUUCAGGCGUUCACGUUGACUUUUGUCGCCGAGUGGGGAGAUCGGUCGCAACUGACUACUAUCAUCCUUGCCGCAAGAGAGGAUGUUUUUGGAGUGACAUUGGGUGGUAUUUUCGGUCAUGCCUUGUGCACUGGGAUGGCUGUUAUGGGUGGUCGAUUUAUCGCUCAAAGGAUAUCAGUAAGAACAGUUACAAUAAUUGGCGGAGUGGUGUUCCUAGUAUUCGCACUGUCGGCACUCAUCUUCAACCCAGUUUCGGACUCGUAGUAACUGCUGAAUCUAUAGUCUCGUCAGAAAUGUUGUGAUUAUUAGUAGGGUAGUUGACUGUGAACUCGUUGCUGCAUAGGAUACUUACUCGAGACUGCAUUGUUGUUUGGUGUAUCACUGCUUCUAGAUGAUAAUGUUAACGUGAGAGAGAACUAUUUUAUUUGAAAAAUGUUUCAAACAUUGUGUAGGCUACAGCUUGCGCCACCGGACUUGUGUAACAUAUUUAUUUUAAAGGAAAUCUCUACAUUCAGAUUCAUUUCUUACUUUCAGCAUUGUUUGAAUGAAAAACAUUGAUAUUGUUGAUAAGAAAUGCUGUCAGUUGGAAGUCUUAUGAGUAAAUGUAAUUUCAAUGUAAUCUCUACAUUCAAAUUCACUUAAAACUGUAUUAAAUUAUAUUAUUAAACGGCUUAAAUUAUAUAUUCAGGCGGUGGGACCUUCCCGCAAGGGACUCCCCACCAACAAAAGCCAUACGAAUCUACUUUUUUUACUUAAAACUGUCAGAAUUGUUUGAAUAGGGAACACUGAUGUCAUUUAUGAUAAAUUCUGACAGUUUAAGGUCAAUCCCAAUACAGUCGGGUUAUCUGGAAAAUACUAGGCUAUUGAGCUCGAAUAAAAUAAAUGAGGGAAUCCAUUUAAUGUACUGAUAUAAUACACUACUUAAUUUUAGCACAUUAUUUUAUGGAGUACUCUGAAAUAAAACCAAGAAAUCUAAUCUCAAAAUGCAGUGAGAUUCACUUUAGAAUUGUCAGCAUUUGAUAAAUGGGAAGAAUUGAUGUUAUUUGUUAGGAAUGCUGUCAGUUUUAAGUGGAUACUACUAUAUCCCAUCUGAAAGUACCGUGUUAUCAAUGAUAUCUGGUUUGUACUGAAGGACCAACUUUGGAGUUUUAUCAAUGAUCCUUUACACUGUGAAAUCCACAGAAACUAUCAUUCAGAUGUCUAUAAUGAAGUUCUAUAAUAUCACUAUUUAUUAUAGUUCUUUUUGAUGUAUUCUAAUCAUGAAAUUAUCGUAAUUUCACGAUCAAAAAUAACUGAAUGACCAAUUCUGGAGUCUUAUCAAUGAUCUUUUACUCUGUUGAAUCCACAGAAACUAUCAUUUAGAUGUCUAUAAUAUCACAAUUCAUUAUAGUUAUUUUUGCUGUAUUUUAAUCAUGAAAUCAUCGUAAUUUCACGAUCAAAAAUAACUAAUUGAGAAACCCACAUUUUUUUCUAGACUUAGCUCAAUUUUUCUGUUGAAAAUAAAUGAAUUCCACGUUUUUUAUAUAAUUCAAUAUUAUUAUUAUAUAAUUGGAACAAUAUUACUUUUCAUUUAUUUUAUUGUAGGGCCUACUCCACCCUCACAAUGUUUUGGAUUGUUGAAACCACAGGAUGUUCUUAGUAUACUGUAUGAACCAUAAUGUAUCGUUGCAUUCUAUGAAAUAACUUAUGAAAUGUUAUUAUUUGAGUAUUGAAAUAGAAAUUGGUUUGUGUUUCAUGUAUCUCAUCAUGAGAUAGUGAACAUAAUGAGAUGAACUAUUUUUUAUUUAAAUCCAACAUUAGGAAAUUCACUAAAUAUUUUGUCAUCCAACAUCUUGGAUGUCACUAAACUCUAUAAAUACUAAGAAAUCUUCAUAAACCUCUUCUGUUCUGAAAAUAUACUAUAAAUUAAAUUAAAUUUUUAAUUAUAACAUUUUUUAAAUGUCUAAUUUAUUCAAUUUCAAAGUGUUUUUUUUUUAAUUUAUCAGUAUUUCCCAGUAACAACAGUCUAUGAGAUGUUAGAAGAAAAACAUCACUAUAAUUUUGUUUCUCAUGUAAAAGUAUAUUUUUUGUAUUAUAAUACUUAUUAUUAUUUAGUGUUCCUAGAACUAUUCUUACUUCCUAUGCUUAUAUUUCAAUUAGUUUUUAGCUGUAAGUAAUUGAAGGCUACUGUAAUUAUUGUACUGUAAAAUAAAAGGAUAUAUUUAUUUAUGGAUAAGCAUCAUCAUAAAUAUCAAAAUAGGUUAGAAUCUAAAUUAAGUUAAUGAAACCUUAUUAUAUUAUAUACUACAAGAAAGAACCACGAAAGCCAUUAAUGUGCAUUUACUUCUUGAUAUUUUCACAUGAUGUGUUAACACUAUUAAUGUUAGUCUUAGAUCUACAAUAACAAAUUAUAAAAUUGAUAGUACUAAUGUUAAUUAUAUCGAUUGAACUAUUUUAUUUUCAAUCAUAGUUAGACAUAUAUUUCUAAUUCUUGAAAUUUGCUGUGAAUGCUCUUCGAAGUAUAAUUUCUUGAGAUAAUAUUUGAACCUCUUCCGUUAUUUGGUAAAUGAAAAAUUAUAAGAAUUAAUCAAGAUAUCUUAUAUAUAUUCUGAUAAAUAAUGAUUUUAUACUCUGAUUAUGUAAUUAUAUAGUUGCUGUUGAUUAAAAAUGGAUAUUUGUGAUUUUUCAAUCAGUGAUUUAUUAUUGAAUAUUAACAAAAUCGUAGAAAAUUUCAUUUUGUCAUGGUUUGCUUCCUCAAAUAGCAAGCAACUUUUCUGGGUUGGCUUAUUUGGAGAAUUCAAAUGACUUCCGAAUAUUAUAAAUUACUUUGUAUAUAAAAACAAUUGAAUACUUCGGUUUUUUCUUUGUUUAAAAUACUUUUAGAAUUAUUCUUUUUCUAGAUAUUCAGCAGUGGAUUAAAACUGUGAUAUAUGAUGUAUAGAGCUAAUUUCGAUAAGGUGUAUCAUGACAAUAUGAGCAUGGUGAGAAAAAAUAUAUUGUUAUUAAUAAAUAGUCUAAAAAUCUUAAACAAAUUUCUUCAUGAACCUUUAGUUUCCCAUAAAAUAAGAAAUUAAGCUUAUAUUCAUAACGGAAGUUUAUAUUUCCUUAAACUUCGCAUCAAGUUCUUUUACUAUUUGUAUCGAAUUCAAAUGACAAAACUGUUCUAUUUUUGUUUGCUGUAUGUAAAACUUGAAUGAUUUUAAACUAAUAAACAUCAAUGGAUGAACUGGUUAUUUUAUUGAUGACAAUUCGUUUGUGUGAAAAAAUAAAUUUGAACAAAU